AUGCGCCCUCCCCCGGACGGUGUUGUCGGGAGAGACUUGCGGCCUCGUGGACCUCUCCGUCGAUCGCGCACUGUUGACUCUUUCGCCGAGGAGUCUUCUAUUCCCUUACUGACCACUCCCACCGACGAACGUGGCCCCGUACUCGAUCACGAACGAGGCGCAGAUACCAACGCGCCAAAAGUGAGUAUGAAGUUCUUCGACAAUCUCCGCGGCUGGGAUAAGCCGAAGAGAUAUCGGUAUUUCGUCCUGCUUGCACUGAGUCUGAGCGGUGAUGGCUGGUCAUACGAAGCUGGCGUUAUUGCCUCCAUCUUCCAGCUUCCAGCUUGGAUUGCACAUGUCGGCUAUCCGGGCCAACUUGCCCUUCCCAACUGGCAGAACCAGUGGGUCGGACCUGUAUAUUCCCUGGGACAGCUUGUCGGUGGCCUGAUUGCAGCAUUCUUUCUGGACACGUUCGGUCGGAGAAUGACUCUGGCCAUCGGCGGGAUAUGCAUGGAAGUCAGCACCGCCCUGCUGGUCUGGAGUCCGAAUUUUGGCGUCAUCAUCACUGCACGAGUGCUUGAAGGGGUUUCAAUCGGUUUCCUGUUGCUAGGAUAUCAGAUCUAUGCCGUCGAAGUGGCCGCGAAAGAGGAUCGUGGCUUUGUGUCCAGCUUCUCGCUGAUCACUGGCAACUUCUUCGGCUUCCUCGCCGCCGGAAUCAUCUACGGCAUCAGCUACGACCAGACGAAUGCCGGCUGGCGGACCGCCGUAUCCAUCACUUUCAUCCCCGCCACCAUCAUGCUUGUCUCUCUCAUCUGGAUCCCUGAAUCCCCGCGCUACCUAUACUCCAAAGGCAAAGAGUUGGAAUGCCGCAAAGUGCUCGCCAAGCUCUACGGCGGCACCAUCGUCGGCGAUGAGGUGCAGCUAUCCGAACUCGCCGAGACGCAACACGACGCCAUGAUGGCCGCAAUUGACUGGGAUCAAAAGCACGGACAGGACAAAUGGUCGGCGCUAUGGAAGACCAAAGCAGGCCGGUAUCGAUCUUUCGUUGCCAUCUCGAGCCAGUCCAUGUGGGCUUGGAAUGGGCAAUCUGUCUUCACCUAUUACUAUACCAAAGUCUUCCGGGCGGCGGGCAUCACCAACACACAUGUGCAGUUUGGCAUCUCGUCGGUGCAGAAUGCGUCGUGGUGUAUUGGUGGUAUUGUGGGGGGUUACCUGCUGGAUAUCUGGGGUCGUCGGACGAAUUACAUGAUUGCUCUUGGUCAGGCGUGUAUUUGCUUGAUCAUUCAGGGUGCACUGACGCUGGGCAUCUUUGAUAAAGGUAUCGUCAACCAUGCGGCUGGCGCAGGCUUUGUCACGGUUUAUAUCAUCCAGUGGUUCCUCUGGGUAAUGUUCUUCUCUCCAGUGGUCAACCUGCUUCCCGCAGAAGUCUACUCCGCCGGCCUGAGAGCACGAGGAUAUGCAGUCGCUAACGUCGCCUCCAUGGGGGUGGGAUUUGCAACGCAGUACUCCGCCUUGCCCAUGUACUACAGCAUGCACGGCUGGACGUGGAUUUUCUUCGCCGUGUGCAUGCUCAUCGCCUUCCUCGUCGUCUUCUUUUUUUACCCGGAAACUAAAGGAAUUACUCUGGAAGAAGUCGAGAUUGUCUUUGGCAGCGGCGCCGGUGUCUACGUUCGACAGGCUUUGGGACGACGUUCCAGCGUCCACGAAAGUGGUGAUAGUGAGGAUGGAUUAGAUGGUAAUGCUGUUACGCUGAACGCCGUUCCCAAGGUCGUCAAGAGAGGUUUCCAUGUGGAACAUGCGGUGGAGGAGUUGUAG